UAUCUCUCUUUUUGGGCACUAUAGGCACAACUAAUUUUCUUCGAACACACUCAUUUACAGUAUAUUUCUUCUUGGUCGGAGCAGUGUGUCCGAUUCCAGUGUGGCUAUUACUUAAACGAUUUCAUCAAGUUCGAUGGUUGAGAUAUGUGCAUUUUCCAGUUAUGCUCGCGUCCUUAUCACAAAUACCACCUAUACAUACUGCUACAUAUCCGACGUGGAUAUUUAUCGGUUUUAUAUUCAAUUAUGUUAUUCGAAAGCGUGCUCGUGACUGGUGGAUAAAGUAUUCUUACAUAUUUUCAGCAGCAAUGAGCGCUGGUGUUGGUGCGGCACUUAUUAUCAUUGCAUUUAUCCCAGUAUUUCCAGUGGAUUGGUGGGGGAAUGCUCAAAAUGAACUUGACGGCGAUGGAUGUAGAUAUUCAACUGCUGAUUUUAGUGGUACACUAGAUGAUGGAACGUUUCUGCAGAACAGUAACAAAUGA